GUCACUGCAAAAAGAGUAGCAGCCUUGCGAAGCACCAUUUUCCUGUACAGCAUCUUAUUUUUUAUUGUCACUUCAGUCCACUGUAUUGUAUUUUAUUCUAGUCAGCGGAAUGGUCAUCAGAAUUCUGAUACUUUUUCGUCUCGUCAUUAUAAUGGCACAAAUGAGUAUAUGACUGGAGAGUCAAGCUAUGCGAAAUCGUUUCAAGACCGAAGCAGGCAGUAUAAAGGACAAGACAGCGUAAAUCCGUCACGCUCGGGAAUGGAUAGAACAAGGAAUGAAUACAUGACAGGCGGACGCGAAUAUAGCAGCCGUCCGAAACAAAAAGAGCAGUAUGGUCGCCGCCAUAUGGAUCCGAGCUUUUCACGUAAUUUUGAUGCUUCAAGUGAAUACAUGACUGAAAGAAGUUACGCACAGCCGAUGGACAACCGCAGGCAUGGUUGA